AGCUUUUCAGCCAUUUCUGGAAAAGUAUCAAACAGAUGCUCCCAUGAUGCCCUUCUUGUGGAAAGACUUGGAGGAUUUGAUGAGGAGCCUUCUCAAACGAUUCAUCAAGUGUGAUGCACUGCCCACCAGUCCAUACAAGCUGGUGAGGCUUGAUGUCAAAGACAAGAAGCUUUGGCUUGGCCCAAAAGAUGUUGACAUUGGCAUGGGUGCAGCAGCUCUCAUCAAGGGACUGUCAGGGCCCAAGGGCAGGGUAGGCGAGCUGAGUGUUCUGCAGUUCAAAACAGAGUGCCAGGGUGCACUUUCAGAAAUAUGCAAGAAGGCACUGGAUAAGUGCCCUCUAAAAUAUGCCACUGUCCAUAACAUGAUGUGUCUGGACCCAAGAAAAAUCUAUUCCAACCCUGACGAAUGCCUGAAGAAACUGAAGUGCCUCAUUGAGAAGUUUCUACUGGACAAACAGUUGAAAGGCGGCAUACCCUCUGGUGAUAUUAUUUCUCAACAGUUUGAGAAGGCUCUUUCCAAUGAGGCCAGAUCACUGGAAUUUGCCAAUUUCCAGCCAUCUGUGUCUAGGGUUGACACUUUCCUGUCAGAAAAUCUCAGUUCCUACACUGACCUGUGGAACUUCUGCAAGAAGUUACUACUCCUGUCACAUGGGCAAGCUGAAGUGGAGAGGGGGUUCUCCAUUAAUAAAGAAGUGGAAACGUGCAACAUGUCUGAGGAGACAGUUGUUACCCAAAGGCUCAUCUGUGAUCAAGUGAAAGUUUGUGGGGGGGUGACACAAGUGCCGAUAACAAAGGAGCUGAUGAGUUAUUGUGCCUCAGCACGGAGCCGUUACAGGGCACACUUAGAAGAAGAAAAAAAGAAGAGAGAGAGAGAAGAACACUCCAAGAAAAGAAAAUACGUUGAGGACGAUCUCUGUCAGCUAAAGAAAAAGAAAAAAUCUUUUCUCGAAAUGUGCUCAUCCUUGGAGAAGGAUGCAGAUAGGCUGGCAGAGCAAGCAGAAAGUUCUGCUGGCAGUAAAAUGGCCACACUUAUCACAGAAUCCAAUUGUUUGAGGAGACGAGCUAAAGAUAAACGUAAAGAACUGACCGAGUUGGAUGCAGAAAUUGAAAAAAAGAUUGCAGAAUUGGCAAAACUUUCAUGAGGGCUUUCACUUUAUUUUAUUUGAAUUUAAUUUAUUUGAAUUAUUUCCUUAUUAGGAUUAUCUGAUGAAUGCCUUGAUUUUUUUUUCAUGUUAUUCUGUUUGUAAACU